AUGGGCAAGCCACUCGAACUAUUUUGGAAGCGCGAUCCAACCCAUUGGCGUGAAGUCGGCGGGAGAGGCAUUCUCAACUCCGUGCUUAAGCUCAACCGAUACCUCGCCGAUGACAGAGUCGUUUGCUUUGACCUUGUCCUCAAGACCGGCUUGAAAUGGUGUACUUCAUAUGUUGAUGGCGCCACCGCAACGACAGACAUACCUACAAACACGGUCGACUGGAUGAACCAGAGAAGAAGAUGGUUGAACGGCGCAUUUGCUUCGUCACUCUACAGCUUAGAGCUGCUGUUUCGAGUAUUCGAGACCGGCCACAAUCCGGUCCGGAUUCUGCUUUUGCUGAUUCAGAUGGUUCAAGACGUCGUCACUUUCAUUGUCGCUUUGGUUUUCCGUCGCUGGUUUAUCAUGGCCCUGGGAAGCCGUCCAAAGACGAGCGUGGUUUCUUACAUCGCCUCAUUCUUUUUCUUCGGAUUCAUCCAGUGCUACUUUCUCAUGAACCUUAUAUACCUGACCAAGAGAUUGGUGAACUCCAAAGUUGACCCCAACGGUGGCGGCCGAUACGCUUAUAUUAACGAGUACUACACCGACGUAAGGUGGCUGACGGUGCUCAUCACGGCGGUAGCAUAUUUCGUCGUCUACAUCGGCGCGGCCAUCGUCUCACUGGACCCGUGGCACCUGUUUACCUGCUGGGCGCAGUUCAUGUUCAUCUCUACCUCUUACACCAAUAUUCUGAGCAUCUAUGCCCUGUGCAACUUCAACGACACAACCUGGGGCCGCAAGGCGCAAGGGCUCCCAGAACAGUCCAAAGUCGCGGAAAUCCACCAAACAUGA